CACUUUGGGCUGUAUUGCAAGUUCUAUUUUGUUUUUUUUUCUUGUUAUGAUUUCUCUCUAGGGUUUCAGUGGGUCUUCGUCAAAAUCAGAGAUUUUUCAGUUUCUGAUUCUUUUGUGGGCUUUGGGCAGAUCAACUUGUGUAAUUCGUGGACUGAUUCUCCAAAAACAAACAAUGGAACGCAACGAGGAAGAAGCUAGAAGAGCAAUGGGUAUCGCUGAGAAGAAAGUGUUAGAGAAUGAUUACUACGGAGCCAAAACAUUUAUUAACCAGGCAAAGCGUUUGUAUCCAAAUCUAGAUGGUUUAAAACAAGCCUUGAUUAUGAUCGAUGUUUAUAUCUCUGCAUCUACCAGCAGGGGAGGAAGAGAAGCUGAUUGGUAUGAGAUUCUCGGUGUAGAUCGCUUAGCUGAUGACGAAACCGUCAAGAAGCAGUACAAGAAGUUAGCCCUUUUGCUUCAUCCGGACAAGAACAAGUUAAACGGUGCAGAAGGCGCGUUUAAACUGGUUUUAGAAGCUUGGUCUCAGUUGUCGUCGUCUGGUCAUCAAACCAAACAUAAAAAGAGUGGAUUUCAGAAGCCAUCGCCCGAGCCAACUUCAUCUAGCAAGCCGAAGCCGAAGCCGAAACCUAGGUAUGAACCUCCACCGACUCCAAAGCCAAAGCCAAAGCCAGAGCCAAAGCCUAGGUAUGAGCCUGAACUAACGCCUAAGUGUGAACCUACUUUUUGGACAGUGUGCAGUAGAUGCAAGACAUAUUGUGAAUUCUUGAGGGCUGAUUACCUUAACGAGACAGUGUCUUGUCCAAACUGCUGUCGGAGAUUCUUUGCGGUCGAGGUAACUCCAGAGAUCAUUAAUGGAAGGCCAUUCAUCAGAUUGAGUCCCUCUGAGGAAACUUUUCCUUCAACUUCAGCAUACGAUAGCAGGAAGUCUACAAGUCAAGCACACAAGAGAUUGAAAAGAUGGUUUGAGCCUAAGCUUGAGUCUGAUUCUGUACCAAGAAAGGAGGAGAAAGUUCGUAACGUUACGUUUUGGACAGUGUGCAAUAGAUGCAAGACGUAUUGUAGAUUUGCCAGGUCUAGUUAUGUUAACAAGAUCUUGCCUUGUCCAAACUGUCGUCAAGAUUUCGUUGCCAACGAGAUUAUUCCAGAGGUAGUCAAUGGGAGUCCUGUCAUCAAAUUGAAUGCACAUUUUCGACCAACAUGCAAAAGCGCAAGCGGUGCUUCUUCUUCUUCUACAAGAGCUUCAGCAUCUGGUAGCGCAAAAGCUGCUAAUACAGGACAGGAAUCAGUGAAAUAUUGGUUUGGGGAGUCAUAAGAAUGUUGCUAGAGAGGCUUCAACAAGUGCAAAUUCUACUCUUGAAACAGAGAGGAUUUUCAAGAAACCAAAGAGAAGAAAAAAGCAACACCAUGUUUAUGGAAGUACACCAGUUCCAGGUUCUGCAAUUUUCUAUGUGGGAUCAUUAUAAGCCAUUGGACUUGUAAUAAAAAAUGUGAAUACAAAGACAUGGGUUUCAAAUGGUGUAAGCCCAAGCAAAUGUCAAUUUAAUGAGUAAGUGGCAAUGUGGAGAGUCCUGCAUCAGCCAGAAAGAGGAAGAUUGAGCUGUUUAUAUAUGACUAUGUAGUAUCAUGGUUUAAACAGCUUGGAGAGAGAAAGGCUCCCCAUGCGCACUGCCGCCACCGUCCGGUUCGGCGCGGUCUUGGGUUUUGGUGGAGGGUUUCCGGUCCAAUAAGACUGUUUUUUUUUGACCAAGUUAAGCCCAACGUUUGACCCAUUUAAUUCUCAAAAAACAACAUGCAUUUUAUUUUGAAACGACAAGUAGUUUGUCUAGAAAAUAAAAACGACAUGCAGUUUAUCCU